GCUGCUUUCCCGAGGGUAGACGGAGGAAAAGAGAGAGAGGAAGAGGAGGAGAGGGAGACUGGGGGCGUAUGAGCUGUGCUGAGGCUUCAGAGGAGGAGAGAUGUUUAUUCAGCUGCUGUAUGAAGGAGAGGAGGAACUCACCCAGAGGAACCACUCGGUGAAUCAAUGAACGGAACUCGACCUGGGCUCAUUCUACUUCACAGAACGGGUUCUGGAUCUCACUCGAUUCUGAGCUGACCCUAAAGGAGUAAUUAAUCAAAGGCCCUGGAUGCUUCAGCAACAAUGGCUCCUGCAGCCAUGUCUGUCCCUACAUCUUCCUUUAUCUCGCUCCACUCAUCCCGUUUUUCAUCCUGCUCGUUGUUCUUCCUCCUCCUCUCCCUCAUUGUGCUGUUCUCCUGCCCUACUCCGGUAAACGCAGAUUCUUCAGGGAACUGUACGGCCAGUGGAGACCCCUGUCAGGAAGGAGUCGUACUUCCUGUGUGGAACCCCCAGAACCCCUCUGUAGGAGAUAAAGUGGCACGGGCUAUUGUUUACUUUGUGGCGCUCGUUUAUAUGUUCCUGGGAAUGAGCAUUAUAGCGGACCGGUUCAUGUCGUCCAUAGAGGUCAUAACUUCCCAAGAGAAGGAGAUCACCAUAAAAAGGCCAAAUGGUGAGACCACAACAGCCACGGUCAGAAUCUGGAAUGAAACCGUUUCUAAUCUCACUCUGAUGGCUUUGGGUUCAAGUGCCCCCGAGAUACUGCUGUCAGUUAUCGAGGUGUGUGGUCACGGUUUUGAGGCCGGGUCUCUGGGUCCCAGCACAAUCGUAGGCAGUGCUGCCUUCAACAUGUUCGUCAUCAUCGCCCUCUGUGUUUAUGUGGUUCCCGAUGGAGAGACGAGGAAAAUCAAACACCUUCGGGUGUUCUUUGUGACGGCAGCAUGGAGUAUCUUUGCCUACAUCUGGCUCUACAUGAUUCUGAGUGUGAUUUCCCCUGGAGAGGUGGAGGUAUGGGAGGCUGUGCUCACUUUCCUCUGCUUUCCCCUCUGCGUGGUCCAAGCCUGGGUGGCCGACCGACGCCUUCUCUUCUACAAGUAUGUCCGCAAGCGUUACCGUGCUGACAAGCACCGUGGCAUCAUCAUUGAGACGGAAGGAGAUGGUGGAAUUGGUGGCAUGGAUGGAGGAGGAGCAGGAGGAGCGCUGGGUCCAGGUGGAUUCACUAAGAUGGAUAUGCUGGAGCUAGAUGGACAGAUCGCUCUGAACUGCCACAGUGGAAUGGACGGAGGAAUGAUGGUGGAGGGUGGAAAGGAUGAGGAUGAUGAAGCCAGGAGGGACAUGGCAAGGACACUAAAGGAGCUGAAGCAGAGGCACCCAGACAAGGACAUGGAGCAGCUGAUUGAGAUGGCUAAUUAUCAGGUUCUGAUGCAGCAGCAAAAGAGCAGAGCAUUUUACCGCAUCCAGGCAACCAGGAUGAUGAUUGGAGCUGGCAACAUCCUCAAGAAGCACGCUGCCGACCAGGCUCGCAAGGUGGUGAGCAGCAACGAGACUCCUACUCAGGAGGACGAUCCUCACACCAUCAGGAUGGAGUUUGAACCGUCUUUGUACCAAUGCUUCGAAAACUGCGGCUCCCUGAAUCUGACCGUUGCCAGACAUGGAGGAGACCCUGGAGUUACUGUCAAAGUGGAUUAUCGCACAGAGGACGGUACAGCUAACGCAGGCUCAGAUUAUGAGUUUGCUGAAGGAACGCUACUGUUUAAGCCUGGAGAGACCCUCAAAGAGAUUACUGUUGGUGUCAUCGACGACGACAUUUUUGAGGAGGAUGAGUACUUCUACGUGCACCUCAGUAACCCCCGUGUGGUCGGUGGUCCUGAGAUUGGCACCGCCCCACUGGAUGCCAGCACUAGCCCGAAAGCCGUGCUCGGAGAUAACCACACUGCCACAGUAACCAUCUAUGAUGACGAUCACGCAGGCAUUUUUACGUUCGAGAGUGCCAGUCAGAGGGUGAGUGAAAGCAUAGGUGUGAUGGAGGUGAAGGUUCUCCGGACAUCGGGGGCCCGGGGUCUGGUAGCCGUCCCUUAUCGGACCCUGGAUGGGACCGCUAGAGGAGGAGAGGACUAUGAAAUGGCUGCGGGAAAGCUGGAGUUUCAGAACGAUGAGACCAUGAAGGUCAUUGAGGUGAAAAUUAUUGACGAUGAAGAGUAUGAGAAGAACAAGACGUUUACCGUUGAGCUUGGAGAGCCUGUUUUGCUGGAGAUAGGACAGAAACAUGGUGACUCCAAUGAGAACAAACCGCUGGUGGGAGCAGAGGAGGAAGAGGUGGCCAAGAUGGGCUGUCCCAGUCUGGGUGAACACACACAGCUGGAGGUUAUCAUAGAGGAGUCCUAUGAGUUUAAGAAAGCAGUAAAUGCUCUUCUUAGACGUGCUGAAAAGAGUACAGUAGAUAAGUUGAUCAAGAAGACAAACCUGGCCUUGGUGGUGGGAAGCAGCAGCUGGAGGGAGCAGUUUGUCAGUGCUGUUACUGUUAGCGCAGGAGAUGAUGACGAGGAGGAGAGCGGCGAAGAGCGCCUACCUUCCUGCUUCGACUACAUCAUGCACUUCCUCACCGUCUUCUGGAAGGUCCUGUUUGCCUUUGUCCCACCUACGGAGUACUGGAAUGGCUGGGCCUGCUUCUUCGUCUCCAUAUCACUGAUCGGAGUCCUCACCGCCGUCACCGGUGAUCUGGCAUCGCACUUUGGCUGCACGAUAGGACUAAAGGACUCUGUGACGGCGGUGGUGUUUGUGGCUUUGGGGACAUCAGUACCAGAUACUUUUGCCAGUAAGGUUGCAGCCAUCCAGGACCAGUACGCAGAUGCCUCCAUUGGCAACGUCACUGGCUCCAACGCCGUCAACGUCUUCUUGGGCAUCGGUGUGGCGUGGACCAUCGCUGCCAUCGCCUGGCGCUCUAAGGGCAAGCCUUUUAAGGUGGACCCGGGAAACCUGGCCUUCUCCGUCACCCUCUUCACCAUUAUGGCCGUGGUGUGUGUGGUAAUGCUUCUCUACCGCCGGCGGCCAACAGUGGCUGGAGGGGAGCUGGGCGGGCCACGGACUUGCAAGUUACUAACGUCGCUGAUGUUCGUCUCGCUGUGGCUUAUUUACAUCCUGCUGGCUUCCAUGGAGGCCUACUGCCAUAUACAAGCGUUUUAGAAAGAGUUGAGGAGAGAGAGAGACCUAAUGCUGGUUUGAAGGAGGUGGAAAACCUGAAAACUUUACCUGAAAACGGAUUUAAUGUCAUUCAAUUAUGUUUUUUUUUCCCUAAAUAACACAAGUACGCCCUCAUGAAAAACUCCCCAACAAUAUUGAGACUAAUUAUUCUUGUCUGUUAAAGAAGCUCUUUGAACCAUGGAGACCCUCCGGAGUGUCAAGGAAAACCUUGAAACAUUGCUGCUGCUUGACUAUGAAGCCGAACCAGCUGCAGAGAAGAUAAUCAGUAGAGCUUCGAGGAAAAAGCGGAGCUGAGAGAAAAGACGAAGAUCAGAGAAAAAAGUCAACAACAAAACCAGAGAGAAGAGAAAGUCUUGCAGCAGCAGAAUAAAAUAUUAUGAGGAAAGAGGAGAUGAACUGAGCUGCAGGAAACUUUGCUGGCCUUUCCUUACACCGUCUGUCUUUACAGCGCCUUGCCAGACCUACCUAUUUCUUUUUCACCUUUUUUCACAUUACAACCACAAACUUCAAAAUGUUUUAUUUAGAUUUUAUAUGAUAGACAAACUCAAAGUACUGCAUAAUUGUGAAUUUGAAGGAAAAAGAAACCUGGUUUCCAACAUUUCUUACAAGAAAAUACCUGAAAAGAGUGGCAUGCAUUUGAAUUGUAGAACGAACUUAAGGUAAAAUUACAGCUGGGGGGUUUUAGGGUAUGUCUCUGCCGGUUUUGGCCAACAAGAGACAGAAAGGUGUGUCUGGUAACAAAACAGUUUAAGCUUACUCAGAUCGAAUUGAGUGCAUCUGUGAACAUCAGUUUUCAAGUGUUACUGAGGAUCCUAGAUAAGAUUUAAGGCUGGACCUUGACUGGCCCAUUUUAACAUCAAUAUGCUUUGAUCUAAACCCUCCCAGUGUAGAUCUUGCUUUGUGUUUUGGGUGGUUGUCCAGCUGGAGGGUGCCUUUUUCAGCCUCUUACGUUUUGGCUUCGUGAGUAUCCCUGUAUUUCGCUCCAUUAAUCUUCCUGCACAGCAUGGGGAUGGUGUGUUUCAAGGGGAUCUGCAGUGUUAGUUUCUUCUUGCCACUCUUCUAUGAAGGCCUGAUUUGUGAAGUUCACAACUAAUAGUUACCCUGUUGAAAGAUCCACCAGCUUGAGCUGUGGACCUCUGCAGAUCCCCCAGAGUCACCAUGGGCUGCCUGGUUGCUCUAAUCAGUUUAAGUGAACAGCCAUAUUUUAGGUCUGCAGUUGUGAUGUAUUCUCUCCAUUUUCUCAUUAGGGAUUGAACAGUGCUCUGUGAGAUGUGAAAUGUUUGGAAAUUGUUUUAGAACCUUGCCCUGCUUUACACUUUUCCAUAAGGCGACUGUGGCUCAGUAGGAAGAGUAGUUGUCUUGCAAUCAGAAGGUUGUGGGUUUGAUUCCAGCUUCCUCCUGCUAUAUGUCAAUGUGCCCCUGGGCAAGGCACUUAACCUCAAGUUACCUACCGAUCUGUGUAUGAAUGCGUGAGCGUGCGAUUAGGUGAAUGUGGCUCUAGUGUAAAGCGCUUUGAGUGGUCUGCAUGACUGGAAAAGUGUUAUAUAAGUUUAGCCCAUUUACCAUUCCACAACUUCCUCCCUGUCCUGUCUGCUGGGUUCCUUGAUUUUCAUUGUUCUCUGAUAUUCUCCAACAAACCUCUGAGGCCUUCAGAGAACAGCUGCAUUUAUACUAAGGCGAUUGCUUUUUUAAUGUUUUUUACGGCACUAGUGGCCUUAAUUUUUCUCAGUUUUCAACAGUAAGCUGACAGGAAAGGGGUGGAGAGAGGGGGAAGACAUGUAGCGAAGGUUGCUUGGGAUGGGAGUUGAACCUGCGGACUGAAGCCUCUGAAUAUAGGUCUGCCACGCCCAAGUGAUUGGUUUUAGUGGUAUUUAUUCACAGGGUAGUAAUGGCUGAACAUACAUGUUCAUUACGUAGGUAUGCUUCAGAACAGCUCUCUGGAUACAAAUGCAUCACACACCUUUCAGUAAAAAGUGAAAACCUUGUAUCUACUACUUUGUGUUAGUCUGUCACAUGAAAUCCCACUAAAACACGGUGAAGUUUACCGUUCUAAUGGGACAAAAUGUAAAAAGGUUCUCAAGGUAUUAAUACUUUUAAUGGCACUGUACUAUACAAGGAACAGUGGAUCCUCCUACCUUGACUUCUAACUUUUAUCACCUUUUUCCUUCAAUACACUCAAAAUCACUGGGCCCUCGGGAGAUCCUGCACUCCCCUGCCGGGGAGAUAAUAAAUUAACCAUCCUCUUUGUCUUUUCCUCUUAUUCAAGGAUACACUGUGCAAGAUAAUCUCUGCUUAUACAAACCUUCCUCUCCUGACUCAUCCUCCCAGCCUUACGUUCAUGUGUCCAAAAGGAAAAUUCUUGACGUUGUGACAAGUCGGCACCAUCAAACCCUCCUUUUUCCCCAUCAAUGCCAAUCCCGCUCCCAAAACACAUUUUCUACUCUUUUCAAUGGCGUCACGUGUUGAUGUUGUUAUCGUGCAAUUGUAAAAACAACAACAACAAUUAUAUUAAUAUAAUGUGACAGAAGAACGGCGACGACGUCAAGAUGUGAAACAGAUGAAGAAUUACAGAGGGGGGAUAAAAAGGAAUUAUGAGGAUGUAAAAAGUGAUUGUGCGCUACACAUUGUAAAGUAAAAUGUUUACACUUUGAAAAACAAUGAAUCUAGAACAUCAUUAGCCAAAAUGGGAUCUCCGUACACCCGAAGGACCAAUCAGAAUGAAGGAUUGUACCGACUGUGAUCGUGACAACAACUGUGAAGGCAACGGUGUUGAAAAACCUAAACUACAACCAUAACCAGUGUUCCUAUUUGCCGAUGAUAGUACCACAAACUUGUAUUGAUGUGUGUGGGACAUGACUGAUGUUUUAUUUACGUGUAUCCCCUCCAUCUUUGUGAAACAAUUCUCAGAGAUCAUGAACGUUUCAAGAGGAAAAUUAUCUGUUUGAGAAAGUUAAAGGGAAAUAUAAGGCAGCUGAAAUAUCCCAUGUCUGUUCUGCAUCGUGGGGCGCUUCUUUGUACUAAAACAAAUAAUCAUAACAAAUCACUAACAAAAACCUUUUGUGCAGUUUUACUUUUUAAACUCCCCAAUGUGCUGGAAGCUGUUGGUGAGUUUGACUGAAAGUCUUCACACUACAAUUAAAUGUGCUAAAUUAUCUGCUUAUGUUUGAAGGUGAAUCUGUUUGUUUGGCUUCUGUGACAUUUUUUAAGCCACAUUUCAUGUCCAAUUAACUGCUCUGACAUCCAUGUCUGUCUGAAAAAAGAUUUUAGAUUGUGUCUCGCCAAGAAGCGUGACUGGAGCUGGACAGAUGGGAUGGCAUAUGGUUUGUCAAUGUGGGUCAUUAAUAAAUUCAUUCCCCUUUGUUAAACCAUGUUAUCGACAGAGAAACAGCAGAAAUCAAGUUACUUUUCUCCCCAGUAGGCACCAUGCUGACUGCAGCUACAGAGAAAUAAAACAGCUGUUAUAAGUCCUGUGCUCCCACCCAGUUUGGUGAUUAUGAGCUAUUUAUCCAGCCAUGUAAAUACAGGUUUGCAAAACUCAGUCACUCUUGACCAGAACCAGCAAAGCUUUCAACAGACCUCCAAGAUCAGCGGUCGGCAAGUAUAAACACUUGCAUAACAACCUAUUCCUCCUAAUUUCACUAUUUUCUCUACUUCUGGCAGCAAUAAAAACCACGACAAACAGUAAAUCAUUCCAAAUUUAAAUUUAGGAAUAGAGUAAGCUUGUGUUUUACUCGGAGGGUUUAACCGGAACAUUGCUUCAAUCUGAUACUAUACAUGUGGUGAUUGUAGAAGAAGUUAAACAUCAGCAGUGAAAGUGUCUCUGAUUCAUUUGGCUCAGUCACAAAGAAGAUAAAAACAAAACAAUUUUCUUGCUUGAUUAGCUUUAUGCUCACUACAGCCAGUCAAAUACUCCAAAAAACCUCCACAGACAGUCUUCAUCAUCUCCUUUCAGGAAAUACAUUUUUAGAUGAUGCCUGACAUUUAAUAACAACAGACCAAGAAAAGGCUUACCCACUGUAGCUUUUGUUUUCAGCAUGUGCUCAAUACACGAAGAAACAGCAGGUACAUGUUUAGUUUUCUGGGGUGUUAUUGCUCUCUAGAACCCUUGAUUGGUCAUGUUCACUAAUUUCUCUUGUAAAUGGCUUCACAGCAGAAAAUGGUGGCAUCACGACAGAUUUAAAGAUUUUGUUGCAGAGCACCUGACCCCAUCCGUUCAUUUCAGCCCUUUACCUUGUCGUUCUGUCUGCAUCCUUCACUUCCUGUAACUACUGGUUCAGUCCAAGGUAAACGAACUGAGGAUCCCAGUUUUACCAGAGUGGAAGGACUGAGUGAGCCACGCUGCUGACAAAACAAAAAGAUGUCUACGUGUCAUUUGUGGAAAUAUUGUGACCACAGCAGUCACCUGCAGGACUUUUUGCCUACAUCAGGCCCCUGGGCUAAAUUUGGGGAACGCCUCACCGUAUCAAGAAUGGCACAAAUUUGGCACUCCUGCAGAGGUGGUUAAAGCACAUGAAGACUUUUUAUUUUUAAUUAAGGCAAAAUUGUUACCAAACAAAAUAAAAACUUCUUACAAUGGAAAAUGUUAGGUUCAACACACAAAGUAUUCGACUUUCAGUAACCACGUGUUUUGCAUUCUCCUUAAUUUCAUGGUAAAGAGGAACACAUCUAUCUAGUAGUUUACUCAAGACCAGGCUUGCACCCAAAUCUGAUUUUUAUUAAUUUCUUCAAUUUAUAAGAAUAUAGCAACAUUUUCAAAGAAAGAGUGACUCAAAUCCUGUUCUUAUUGCUGAAAAUAGACAAAAAUUGUUGAAUUUGUUUCAGUCAAGACCUGCUCACACCCCUUCCCCAAUUUGCCAAAUUCUUGAUGCCACCUGCUCAGAAAACAAAGACAGGUAAACAGAAGAAGACCAAUGACGACAAGCAAGCUGCGCAUUCAUGACAGGCUACGCUGUGCAGGAAGAGCUGUGGAGGGAGGGCUGAAGCACAGCAGAGAGCAAGGGAGGGGGACCUGUAAAGUGGGCUUGUUAAAACUUUCAGGCUAAGUCCACGGUUUUCUCAGACUACCUACUGCAGCUUUAAGUUCUGGAUCUAGAAAGUCUGAUUGUUUUUUUUUAUUACAUUUUUCCCGCUUAGUUUAUUGUUGAGUAUAGUUUUUGGCCCCCCACCUCCAAGUACUUUUGACUUGUUUGACAAAAGGUGAGGACACCACUGGUCUCCACGGUUUUCUUGCUGUUGAUCUCUUUAUUCACCUUGUCUUCAGCCUUGUCUGUACCACUUUUUGCUUCUUAAAACACGGCUUGCUGAUUGGCACGGCUCCUGGCCGGUUUUAAAUGCCAGGACGUCUGUCUGCCCAAACUCUUUUUCUCAAUGACUUAAGCUUCUGUAGCCGGUUAAGGAAAGAGUGGGCAGGAUAAAAGUGCUGCUGACGCCACGGGGGAAAAUAAGCGAGUUGAAUUAGAAAAGCUGUCUGUUUAAAUGUUGGUAAUCUUUGCUGGAGGACAGCUCCAUAUUGGUAAGUGAAGAAAUGUAACCAUAUUUUUCUGCCUGUUGCUUAGCUACCAGCUAACCCAAUUCUUCGGGACUCUAGCUGCAGUGUUGUCAGUUUCCUUCAUUAUCAGUGUUUUCUGUCCCUCUAUUGAACAUUACCGUGUGAUUUCUCAUUCAUUCUUCCCUCCGAGGCAUGUGUGUAUUUUGGGAUUGUCGUCUCUGUGAGCUGGUGUCGUAAUCUCCUUACUAGGACUUGCCCUGUCUUUGGCAAACGUCCCAUACACACAAUUAAUGAAUUCAAAAGCCAGCCUGACCCACAGGGAAACAAAAAAAUGGUUAUAAAUUGGAUUAUCUGUGUGUGUGUGUGUGAGUGUGUGUGUGUGUGUGUGUGUGUGUGUGUGUGUGUGUACCUGCCAGGUUUUAUUAAAUUUGCAAUAAAUCUGGCUGUCAUUCAAAACUGAGAAUAGGUGUUGGCAGGAGAUUUGAAAGUGUCGGUUUGUGUUUUACAUCGAGGUCGCUGUCUCUUCGUCCCCUGUCCAGCUGAUGGCUUGCUAUAGUCGUACUUACACAUAAAACACAUGUAGAGUAUGUACAGACAGCUAAAGUAUCCGAUUUACAAAGCAUCACCCGAUUAAAGACCAUCCUCAGGUUUUUAAUAUCUGAAUGGAAAUCUUCCAUUAUUAUGGUUUAAAGUAUUUUUAAUGAGUGAGAGUGGAAGCAAUGCUAGCCCCCCUCGCCCACAGGUUGCUGCACACUGCCAGUCAGCCGGCUUAAAGUAGGCUACAACAUUCUCCUCUUGCUCACAAAACAGACAAUUUCAGCUGUUUGCAAAUAUUUCUGAUUGCAAAAGACACCAAUUGUCAUUGUGCGGAAGCUAAAGGAGUUUCAGCCACAACUCAUACUAAAGUAACGUUUUAAAAACUACAGCUGGCAAGCUCAGAGCAGCACAUCUGUUAAACAGCUGACGGGAGCCUCACUGAGGUUCCCUGGAAUCCUAAAGUCUUAGAAAUGACCUUAUAACCCUGAUAGAUGACUCUAAUGGCUUUGAUUCAUAUCUGCACCUCUUUAGAUUAGAUAGACAAAAAUAUUUUAGAAAAUCAGGCCUGGGUGUGGCCAGUGUAAAUCCAAGAAAAAAACAUGUUAAUCACAGUUGUUUCAUAGUUCACGUGGGCGAAAUUACUUUUUCACGUAAGGCUUGCUGGAUUUUCUGUGGGGUUUUUGUAUUUACUCUGUGCUGAUAUUCAAAUUCAGUUUGAUCCGAAAACAACUAUUUAAUUUUAGUGGGGGUUUUUCUUGUAUUUGUGAAUAAAUCCAGCAGCAGAAGGAACAAUGGUUGCUUUCCUGUUUAAAAUAAAAGCAGCUGGAUCAUGCCGGGUUUUUAAUUUCUGUGUAAUUAACAUUGAACCCUUAUUUAUUAAAAAUUAAUUAAAUUAAUUUUUAUUUUUUUUAUUUUUUUAUUUAUCAAACCCUGACAAUCUCAUAUAAGCCCACAUCUAACUGAUGAACAGAUAGAAACAGCCAUUUUAAAAACAGCCCACAUCCUGACCAAAGCAGGAGCUCCUAACCAUCUUUCAGGGUGGCCACACCCGACGUUCUACCGCCAGAGGAUGGCUGUGUUUUACAAUCCAUGACUUUUGUUGAGAAGAUAACUUCUCUUACUCACCUUGGUUAUAUAUUGUAUCAUUUCUAAUAAAUUUACAGCCUCUGAGCUUUUUUUUUUUAUUAUAAUAAUCUUUAAAAUACAACAAUGGCACCAAUUAACUGUUCUUUAUAUGUCUGGUAACAUCUACGCUGAACCCACUGCCUCUAAAUUUGGUUCUGUUAUUAAACAAAACAGUGAUUAUUAAAAGGAAAUCUUAUCCAUUUGAAAUAAAUUUCUACCAAGACCUUUGAGAAAAGAAUUGCUAGCUAUCAACUUGCCCAACGUAGAUAUUUUGGCAUCUCUUUGCAAUGUUUUAAUUUUCUUUUUUAGACGAAAGAAAGAAAAAUAUCCACAGAAGUGUCAUCAGGAGCCGGAGAAUGCAACUCAAAUGAGCGUUCACUGGCAGUUUUAUGCAGAAGUCAGCCAUGUUGGAUUUAGAUAUAAGAAUUGGUGACAUCAGAGUUAACAUCUGGAGGUAGUCUAGUCGAUUUUUGAAUGAGACAUCAAAAAUUCUGGCUUCACUCUUUAUUUGAAAUCUUUGUAAUAUUUGUUACAUCUUAAUGUGCUCUGUGUUCAUGUGUGUCAAGAGAGAAAUGUGUAGAAUCCGGGUCAGAAGUGGAGAGGAUUGUAUUAGAGAAUGUCCAAAUGGAAAAACCCGGAUGGGUAAUGAAGGAAGCUGCUGUUGUGAAUACAUUGCCUUUUUCCAGAGUUUCCAUAUUUCCGUAAAAAGUAUUUUUUUUUACAAUAUUAAGCAUCUAAAAGUGACCAGGCAAAAUUAAAACUAUACUCACAAUAAUAGAAAAAAAUAUGUAACAUUUUAAAUCAGAAAGGUUUUUACCUCAUCGGUACUUUAGAUGUUUCCUGCUAUGAAUGUUUAGUUACUCACUACCGCUCUGUUAUUAGAUUGGUUGCUUGUUUGGUUGCUUGUUUACCCAAAAAUACAACUUGCUCCUUGAAAACCAUCGGAGUGAAGUAUAUUUACGAGAAGAAGGUUACAGGCAUCAUAACAUCUUCACUCUCUGUUGUAUUAAACGCCUUUCCUGUAUUUGUUUUUGUCACCAUUUGUUUUCAUCUUUCAUAUAUUUAUUGAUCAUUAUAAUUACAUUAUAUCCAACUCAAGCUGCUGAUCAAAGACUCUCCUUUAAAUCGGUGAAGCUGUGAGUCGUACAAGUGAUGCUGAACACAUUUAAAAAGAACGAUUAUUGUCAUUUUUAUGGUUGAAGAUUUCUGAAAGAAAAUAUCAAUAUAAUUUAUAUUUCAUUGGAUUAUUUUCUCUUGUUAGACAAUCCUUUCCAAGUAUUUUUUGUCACUUUAUACUCAUGCAGUCACAAAGUGCUUUAUCCGCUUUUGGUAUUUCAUUUUUUUUUUUCAGUUCAUUUUAGGAUAUCAUUGUGUUGCAUUUAUUUUGCUUUGUGUUGUUUUUGUUCAUUUGUUUUGUAAGAGAAAAUCCUCAGAGAGUAGAACACCAACAUAGCUUAGUAAAGUUAAAUGAUUAAUGUGCUUUUAUCCUUUUUUGGGGUUUGUUUAAGUGUGGAGGUGUGGAUUCAUUAAUAGUUCGCCGUCCAUAGGUGUGUCGAUGUAUGAAUCACGCUCAUUCUGACUACAGUGGUGUUAAUGUUGGAGAUGUUGUAGUGAAGAGUAUUUUUUAAAUGCUGAAAAUGAUAUGAUAUGAAAAAUGAUAUAGAUGUUUACAAAGACCAAACAUUUCUUUCAUCUUUUUUUCUUAAAAGUGAAAUAAAACUUGACUGGCAAAUGUUGAAAA